AUGAGGCGGGAAGAGGGGGAAGAGGAGGGAACCAGGAUGAAGGCCAAAGGGGACGGUCAGGUGAAGGAGGAGGCGGAGAUCCCUGAGACGGGGGAGCCGGUGGGCCCUCUGGUGAGCACCGUGCCCACCCCGGCGCCCCACAGCAAGGGCGGCCGGUUCUCUGAGGCGUGGGAGUACUUCCACCUGGCCCCUGCUCGUGCUGGGCACCACCCCAACCAGUACGCCACCUGCCGCCUGUGUGGCAGGCAGGUGAGCCGUGGCCCCGGGGUGAACGUGGGCACCACAGCCCUGUGGAAGCACCUGAAGAGCAUGCACAGAGGGGAACUGGAAAAGGGUGGCCACGGCCAGGCAGGGCAGCGCCAGGCCCUAAGGCCCCAAGGGCCCCGGCUCCCCGUGGGCAUCGAGGGCGAGUGGGCCAGGCUGCUGGAGCAGGUGGGGGCCCUGGCCCUGUGGGCCAGCCAAAGAGAAAAGGACCUUCUGAGGAGGGAGAGGGCAGUGGAGUGGCGGGAGAGGGCUGUGGAGAGGAGGGAGCGAGCGGUGGAGGAGGUGGAGAGAGCCAUCCUGGAGAUGAAGUGGAGGGUGAGGGCGGAGAGGGAGGCCUGCCAGAGGGAGACAGACCCGCUGGCAGCGGCUCACCCCUUCCACUUUGUUUAAGUCGGGCUUGGGGAAACCUAUUCUGAAAACACUGACUUUACACUCGCAGCAAAGGGCCAUUUUAGUUCCAGCUUCAAUAUAUAGGAAAGCAAUUUAGUGGGAUUUUGUUUUUAAGAGACAGAGUACCUCCUAGGGGUCAACCUCAGCAGGUCUGAAUUAACCAAAUGCUUAGCUACAGGCUUCCUAGUGCUGUA